UAUUAAAGAAAUUUAAAAGGUCUUUAAUAUUUUAUUUGAAAACAAAUACAUUUUUUUUAGAAAAUAUUUAUUUAAACGGAUUAUUUUGAUACAGAAAAUAAGUCACGAGUGACCCCUAUAAUUUUUUACAUUCAACACGCGAUCGUGGCCUUUAGUAGGUAUAAGCUAUUACUCCAAUUAUGAUGUCAAACCCCGAUAAGAGAAAUUGUAUAAAACUCUAUUAAAACUAGAUAAUAAUUAUAGUGGAAAAAGUUAUAGUGCUCACGCCCAACCUGCGAACACAAAACCGAUAUAUAACACGCGUUACGGGCAGUAGGACUUAUUCUUCGCGAAGGGUUCUAAUACAUAUCUAAAACAAAUUCUAUUCAAUAUUUAGAUUUUUACUAUUAUACAAUAUGUAAUAAUCGGUUCUCUUAAAUAAAAUACUCUUAAAUAUUUAUGCAUACUCUUCGGUCAUCAUAUCAUAGCUGAAAAGCGUGAUUAUUGAAUGCAAAUAAUAAAUUCUUGCAUUAUAUGUCUAUUGUUCACAGUGCUAGAGUAUUAAUAUUUAACAUUGAAUAUUUUGGUAGUUAGAGAGGAAAAUAGAAACUUUGUGUCUGCAAUCUCUCUGAUGCUUCUAUAGCGAUAUAAAGAAAAUAUUAUCAAAAAUGGCACUUGUGUAUAGCUGUUGCUUCUGGUUUUCUCUACGAUUGGGAGGCUUAUUGAUUUCCUUUUUAUCAAUUUUGCAAGCUGUUUUAUUUUUGAUAAUAUUUAGCCUCUUCUCCGUACAAGAUUAUGAACUGAAAUGUGAUAAAUUAAAAGUAUUGGACGAUAUCAAUCUUAUUUAUAUGAAAUCUUUUAUUACAGGCAUUAUAGAAGGCAAGUUUACUUACUAUUAUUUACCUCAAAAAGUAAAUCGUAAAAAUAAUUCUUUUGAUAAAUAUUUUUUUUUAGAAUCUAAUUAUGACACUUACAUUAAAACGAUACUCUGUUUGUACAUUAUGGCAUGUGUUAUAUAUAUCUAUGGAGCAUUUAAGCUUGUAAAUAUCCUCAUGUUUCCGUAUAUUUUUUUGGAGUUACUGCGCCUAAUAGGAUUAUCAUUUUUUGGAAUAACAGGAUUGCUAGUACUCAAGAAAAAUACCAUGGAUAUUGGUCUUCUUAUUGGGAUAAGUUUGGUAGUAGGGUUCACACUGUUGGGAAUGUUCUACCUGUGGAUAUGUGCGAUGAAUUUGCCGAUUGUUAUAAACGAGAUAAAAGCUAAUGAACAAGCGGCGUUACUUGGUACAUUUAAAAAUAAAGUGGGAAAACACACUGUUCGUAAUAAUUUGCUUUUUAGCGAGUAUCGUAAUCUUGGUGCUAGCCAAAUAUUUAUGCAAACGACACGACAAAAUAGAUUUUCGACGUCUGAUGAACCACCAAGAUAUUAUUAUUAAAUAGUUGAUUUAAUAAUUACUUUAUACUAAUUGUUAUUAGGUUUAAAGACAUUUAUUCUCAUAACAGACAAUAGUCACUUACAUAAGAACUUGUAUACUAAAGAUACAAUUUAUCACGUCGUCGGUCAUUGAAGAGCUUCAAGGAUGAAUUAGCGAAGUAGAACUUGGGAGGCCUUUCAUUUACGUAGAUAACUGGGAUCACUCAAGAGAUGGUAUUUUAGUCUUAAUUUAAAUAUUGCCAGGCUGUCGGCACUUUUUAUAUUUUGUGGAAGUAUAUUAUGCCGCAGCACUCCCCCAACGCUCAAUGUUUUUUUAAUUAGAUUGUGAGGGCGUUGUGAACUGCGCUUCUAUAUUUGAUUUAUUUUAGUAAAAUUUAUUAAUAAAGAAUUAUUAGGAUUAUGUCGUUAUUGUUCAUUUAACAAAAUUACUUAUUAUUAAUUUUUUUCUUGCUAUUUAAUAUUCUAUAAUUAGUUUUCAGUCUUGGAAUGAGAGUAUGAUUAGUAGUAAUCAUACAUUUUUGACGUACGGGAGUUAGGCUUAGCGCUUAGUCUCAUUUCUAAAUCCACCCUUGCAGUCGUUAUUAUAUAAUAUAACUGAUAGCUACUGAUAAAAGACUAAGUUGAGUUAUUACUUGAUAAAAGUAUGAGGACAUGGGCUUGAGUCAAAAUCAUUUUACGAUAGACGUAACCCAGAAUGACAUUAACUCCCGCUUUAGCACGUGAACAUUUUCAUACAAAUCGUAGUUUGGCGUUACUGGGUCACGACUAAGCUGUGGCU